AUGACUCAAGAAAAAGCAACUUUUACCAUAAAGAACGGUCCAACAUUCGAGGGUAUUUCCUUCGGUGCAAAGAAAUCAGUUGCAGGAGAAGCUGUUUUCACAACUUCUCUGGUCGGAUAUCCUGAAUCGAUGACCGACCCAUCAUACUGUGGUCAGAUUUUGGUAUUCACCCAACCUCUGAUAGGAAACUAUGGUGUUCCAUCAGGCACGGCCCGUGAUGAGUUCAACUUAUUGAGAUAUUUUGAAUCACCACAUAUUCACGUUGUUGGUAUCAUUGUUGCCGAGUAUGCUUACGAGUACUCUCAUUGGACUGCAGUCGAGUCACUUGCUAGUUGGUGUCAGAGAGAAGGCGUCGCUGCCGUAACUGGCGUUGACACUCGUGAAGUCAUAACCUACUUGAGAGAGCAGGGUUCGUCCUUGGGCCGUAUCACUCUUGCGUCUCAAGAGCCGGUUGAGUAUUCAGAUCCAAUGAGCACCAAUUUGGUUUCCAAAGUUACUACUAGGGAGCCAUUUCACGUCAAAGCAUUGAAUUCUAAAUGCAACAUCGCCUUGAUCGAUUGUGGUGUCAAGGAAAACAUUAUCAGAUGUUUGACUUCAAGAGGUGCUAACGUUACGGUUUUCCCAUAUGACUAUGAAAUUCAAAACAUAGCUAGUGAAUUCGAUGGUAUCUUCAUUUCAAAUGGUCCUGGCGACCCAACGUUCUGUACUAAGACAGUCGAUAAUUUGAAAGAACUGCUAUCCAUCGAAUCUUUACAUGGGUUACCAGUAUUUGGUAUCUGUAUGGGCCACCAACUUUUGGCCAUGGCUGCUGGUGCCAAAAUUAUGAAACUCAAAUAUGGUAACAGAGCUCACAAUAUCCCUGCGAUGGACUUAACUACAGGAAGAUGUCACAUUACUUCUCAAAAUCACGGAUACGCUAUUGAUGAUUCCACUUUGAAACCAGACUGGAAGCCAUUUUUUGUCAACUUGAAUGACAAAUCCAACGAGGGAAUGAUUCAUAUUUCAAGGCCAGUUUUUUCGACUCAAUUUCAUCCAGAGGCUAAAGGUGGUCCAAUGGAUUCUGCCAUCUUGUUUGAUAAAUAUUUCGAAAACAUCGAUUCAUUCAAGCUUGAAAAAUCUAAUAAUUUGAAAUUGGCCAAUACAUCAACUACCAUCAAUGUUGAUACUUUAGCUGUCGAAAGGGUUUUUUGA